CGGAAGUGAAAACAAGAGCGGGGGGACGGAGCUGCCGCCUCCAGACGCGCCGCGGUGUCCUCGCCUCUCCGCGCUGUGCCGGGCAUCAGUUCUUUGGAUUUGGUCCUUGAAUACUAAACAUCAUGAGCAACUACAGCGUGUCUUUGGUCGGGCCGGCUCCCUGGGGUUUCAGGCUUCAAGGGGGCAAGGAUUUCAAUGUGCCUCUGUCUAUUUCUCGACUUAAUGACGGUGGCAAAGCAGCCCAAGCACACGUGGGGAUUGGUGAUGUGGUUCUCACCAUUGAUGGGAUAAGCACGGAUGGAAUGACUCAUCUAGAAGCACAAAACAAGAUCAAGGCAUGUACAGGCAAUUUGAACAUGACUCUGCAAAGAGUGUCUUCUAUACAGAAACCAGAUAUUAUUCAUGUGCCAAAGGGAGAACCCACCGAAGUAGUUAAGCCUGUGCCCAUUGCCUCUGCUGUCGCACCCAAAGUCACUGCCCCGGCGAGCGUGGCUUUCAAUAAGACACCGAGGCCGUUUGGAGCUGUAACCUCCUCCAAGGUCACCUCCAUCCCGUCACCGUCCUCCGCCUUCACGCCGGCGCAGGYGUCGGCCGCAUCCCCGUGUGCCGUGCCUGGAGUGCAUGUUAACGCCAAGCCUAACGCUGAGCCGUGGCCGCCUGUGCCGGCCGCUCCUAAACCUGCAGUUCCUGUCCCACGGCAGCACGGUGCCGCCCCCAGCGCCUCGGCCGCCGACGGCGCCCAGGACGCAGCCGAGGGGCCGCGACGAGGAGGCAGAGAGAACCAGGGGGAGAGUAAACAGCAAAAUGGCCCCCCGCGGAAGCACAUYGUGGAUACCUACACGGAGUUCUACCACACCCCCACCCACAUGGACGCCAGCAAGAAGCGGCUGAUUGAGGACACGGAGGACUGGCACCCCCGGACGGGCACCACCCAGUCMCGCUCCUUCCGCAUCCUCGCCCAGAUCACUGGCACUGAUCACAUGAAAGAACCAGAAAACGAAGCUGGAAAGAAGGCUAAGAAAAGACAAACAGAAAAUGGAGACUUCAGCAUACCUGCAGAUCUACCUGAUGGAGCAGGAAUCCAGGAUAGUUGUAUUAAUUUGAAUAAAAACUCUGUAGCUACCCUGACUCUGGAGAUGAUACCUGCACCAGAAUUUCCAUCCACACCUUUAUCACCUAUGAGCGAAAACAAUGCUAGACCAGAACCUGCAGCUGCUCUUUUGCCGAUAGCAGAUUCCUGCCCUGGCAGUGUCCCCUCUCCCAGACUUUCUGAACAUAUUGCUGCACCAGCUCCUGGGAGGGAAAUAACGGUGCCUGCUCCAGAUGCAGUGAGCUCUUUGCUGGCGGAUGAAGAACCUCCUGUCCCCAAGAUGUGUGCUGUGGCCACGCAGACCACGGAGUUGCCCCUGCCUGCUGACCCAGCUGGGGGGCUGUCUUCUCCAGCCCUGCAUGUGGGAACAGCCCUUGAGCUGCCUCCUGCCCUUGCCAGGCUUGAACCAUCUCUGCCUUCUUGUGAAACAAAUUCUUUCAAUAAAAUCUCAAGCUUUCACACUAAAUCGUCUGUAAGUCAUACAAACUUCUGCGCUGCAAAAGUACUGCAGGAAAAUCCUUCGGGAAAUCUGCCGAUCCUUGGACCUUCUCCUUUCCCGGUUCUUUCUCCUCUUAUGCAGAGAUCAAAAAUUAAGAGCAUGGCUGCUGCUGCUGUGUCUGCUGCUAUUGCUGUCCGGGCCAGACUCUUCGAACCUARUGCCUGUCGCUCGCUCCUGGAUGCCCUGCUCAUCACGCCUGUCGCUAAGCCUCCUCUGCAGGCAAUUGCACCCUCCAGGAAGUCCACAAGUGCUCUGCAGUUGCCAAAGAGCCAGAGUGAUUCCCUGGAAGCUGCCCAGCCAGCCCCGGUGAGAAGUGUCCCUGCCUGCCAGGACAGCGUGGAUGUGAGACCUGCUCCUGCCAACUCCGCACCUGCCGCAGUCCUGAAGCCAGCGGCACCCCUGGGUUCUGCCAAGGGCUGGCAGCCUCCAAACCAAGCAGGUYCUGUCAGUGGAUGGACAUCAAACAGUAUUAAAUCACCUGGAACAACUGCCCCAAGUGAAAAAGCUGCAACAGCCCCUCAGCUAAACGAGCAAGACACGUUGGUUCAGAGGGCGGAGCAUAUUCCAGCGGGGAAGCGCACUCCCAUGUGUGCCCAUUGUAACCAAGUCAUUAGAGGACCUUUCUUGGUGGCUUUGGGAAAGUCAUGGCAUCCUGAGGAGUUUAAUUGYGCCCACUGCAAAACCUCCAUGGCUUACAUUGGAUUUGUGGAAGAGAAAGGGAUGCUGUACUGUGAGGUCUGCUAUGAGAAGUUCUUUGCCCCUGAGUGUUCAAAGUGCCAAAGGAAGAUCCUUGGGGAAGUAAUAAAUGCUUUGAAACAAACUUGGCACGUUUCCUGCUUCGUGUGUGUGGCCUGUCAUAACCCCAUCCGCAAUAAUGUCUUUCACUUAGAAGAUGGUGAUCCCUACUGUGAGACGGAUUACUAUGCCCUCUUUGGUACGAUGUGCCAYGGCUGUGAGUUCCCCAUUGAAGCUGGAGACAGGUUUCUUGAAGCCCUGGGCCACACUUGGCAUGACACCUGCUUUGUAUGCUCCGUAUGUAAUGACAGUUUGGAAGGCCAGACUUUCUUCUCUAAGAAGGACAAGCCACUGUGCAAGAAACACGCCCACUCUGUCAACAUCUGAGGCUCGGAGCUCAUCUUGUGUAGCAAAUGUACUGAGCAGGAAGGUUAAAAUGUCAAUGUUCAAUAAUUGGUUAAAAUUAUUUAUAUACAAUUUUUCUUAAAUGGAAAAGAGAUGUGGAAACUUUCAGAAGGGAUUGUACACUAAUUUUUCAGAGCGUUUAUCAUUUACAGUUUUGCUUCAUAAAAAGAAAGGUAUCAGGAAUUGCACCCUAGCCAAACAAUUCAACUGCCUUUAUCUCUACACUUUGCACAUUACUGUGUUAGUGUCAUGAUUUUAUGGCCACAUUUAUAUCUGUUUCAGGAUGAGAAGUGAAGUACCUAUGAAAGUAAAUACCUGAUUUUAGAAGUCUUGGUCUUGCUGCUAUUCAACAAAUAAAAGGAGAUUGGAUUCAGCAAUCCAGAUCACUUUAUUUCAGUGAUGUUUUUAAACUGUGUCCAGAAGUAUUGCAGCUAAACUCUAUUCAAAAGCACUCAAAGUAAAGAUAAGAUUACACAAAAUACAUAAUUCAAAAAUUAUUUUUUUAAAUCUGAUAUUUAUAUAGAGGAGGCCUCCUACACAAUUACAUAUACCUGUGCCUUUGCAAUUAAAUUUAGGAUGGGUUUGCAAAGCACAGAAAUUUUUACAGAGCAUUUAAGUGGCUAUGCUGGUAAAAAAGAAUAGUUUAGAAAAUGCCACUUAAAACAUAAAUGGGAUCCUUCUCUGUAAGUUAUGUACUGCCAGAACACCAGCCAAAAACCUCUGCUCUUGAGGGUGUGUUUGAUAGGAUGAAAAUGUCAGAUCUAAUCUUUAGGGAGCAGGGAUUUCGAGUUUUCUGUUUGCAGUUCAGGUUUUAGGUAGCUUUAAGUGCCUUGGAAAGGGGAAAUUGCGCUGAAUCUGGAGGCAACAGUGUUUUGUAUCCAGAGUGUGAGAUUUUGGUGUUGAAUGAGGGAAACUGCUGAAGUGCAGCUGAGGACAUUGUUUUAUUCUCAGUACAUUCUUUAUCAUGUAGCUCAUGAAUAUGUAUAUUGGUGGUGUGCCAGGUAGCGUACUGAAAACUUAACUUCCUCGCUCAGCUGUUAUGAUUUUUAUUAGUUUAUUUUUUCUCUUUUAUUCCAGAUGUAGGGAAUGUAUUGUUAAAUAAUAUUACAUUGGUUUCAGCAGCUCAGUAUCUCUCAGAUCUUGCAAGGGAGCAGAGAGACAAUGCUGUCAUUACGCAUUUACUGCCAGCCAGAUCAGCCAAUUCUGUGGCUUGAUAGGAAUUUUGUGUCCACACAGAGAGUCAGUGUGAGACCAGUGCAUCAGCUCAGUCCCCCUUGGCUUCAAAUUAGAGCUUAACUGGUAUGGAGCAACUGCAGGCAGCCAGGGAAGAGGUGGUGCAUCUCUGYACAKGGUGAAUUUUGCUUCAGCAGAAUUGCACAACAGAGCAGGGGGCUCUCUCGGGAUCAGAGCAGAUUCCUGAAGGAAACUGAAUUCACAUGAUACAACUGGGAUGUCAGAGAUGAAUUGUUAGUCUUUAGUGCCCUUGCUAGUAGACAUUAAAAAUAACCAUUUACUGGUUUUGUUGUUGUUGUGGGGUUUUUUACUGAUUCAAAGGAUAGUUUUAUCCAUAAAACCAUGAAUUAAAAAAAAAAAACAACCCACAAAAAAUUGCUGUGGUUGAGUAAAGCAA